AUGGUCUCCGUGGCUCAGCAACUCGAUGACAAUGAACAAUUCAGCCGCCUUGCAAUUGAGUUCGAGAGAGGCUACUUGGGAGAUGAGGGCAAUGCUAAGACAGUUCAUGUGGGUCUGGACGCUUCGGACACGCCAGACUUUAUCAAGCGGUCGCCGCUGAAAACUAUGGACAACAACUUCGGCCAGCUUUGCUCAAUGCUGUCCAAGUAUUCGGAGGAGAACCUUGGAUUUGAGAUCUACAGCAGGACUGAGAUGCUACUUCGAAUGCCACUUGCCGACGGCGAGGAAGACAAGUACCCGCCUGCUGACAUUGACGAUGGUGAUGCUGAAGGCUUUAUGCAUCUCAUGUACCGGCGGAGGCUCACGGUUCUUCAAUUUGUCGGACCGGCCGGUGGAUCGUUGAAGCUCCUUCCAAUGAAGGAAGGUGAUCAAGAAAUUGACCUUGCAGCUGACCCACACACCAUGCUAGUGAUGCUCAACAGUCGGUAUGAGUAUAGCUACAGUCCUUCUGGGAAAGCUUUGGCACUGCAGACCUUCAUGCUCGCGGAGCCAGCCAUUUAUUGUUUGGAGGAUGAGGUUCAAGGCAACGUCGAGAACUUGACAGGGCAAUCAACGGGUCCUCCUCCACCACCCGGCGAGCACUGCACCAUAGAGUCGAUGUAUUGCCGAUACGGCAUGCAGGCCGAUGGGCGUCACCAGUUCUGGCAGGGAGCAGCCAAAGCAUCUUGCGAUGGUCUUACCGAAGUGCCCGUUACUCGUUGGGAUCAUGGACCAUAUUUUGAUCCCGACCAGCAGUUCGGAGGCUCCUACACCCGACACGGAUGCUUUGGCAUCGAGGGAGUUGAUCUCUUUGACUGCAAGUUCUUCGAGAUUUCACCAAUGGAGGCCAAGGGCAUGGACCCUUGCCAGCGCCAGGUGAUGGAAGUGUCCUACAUGGCACUCCUUGAGGGUGGCUACGACAAGAGGAGUUUGCAACGAGAGGCUCAGCACAUCGGGCACUUUGUUGGCAUCGACAAGGAUGAUUGGAUGUGCAUGGGUGCUGCGGGAAUGCUCGACUGCGGAGGCGGCGCUCAUGGCGCAGCUGCUGCGGCCAACGCCAUCACAUCCAAUCGCUUCUCUUACUCCAUGAACCUGAAGGGUGCAAGCAUGACCAUCGACACGGCGUGUUCGUCUUCGCUUGUGUGCACCCACGUCUCCAAGCUGCACUUGCGUUUCAAGGAUUACGAACCCAUGCCAGCCAGCAUUGUGAACGGUCUGAACUUGAUGCUGUUUCCCGGGCCAUUUGUUGGCUGCUGCGCGGCCGGCAUGCUGAGUCAUGAUGGCAGGUGUUUCACGUUCAACUCCACGGCCGAUGGAUAUGCCAGAGGUGAGCUGUGUGGUGCUCUGUGCUUCAAAUUGAAGCAGUUCGAUCCGUCCAGCGGGUCCAUCUGCUGUUUGGCAGGCAGCCAGUCAAACCAGGACGGUCGAAGCGCGAGCUUGACUGCUCCGAACGGGCCGGCUCAGGAGAAAUGCAUCAAAGCCGUUCUGCGGGAGUGCAAGCUGACACCUACCGAAGUUGAUUGCAUCGAGUGCCACGGGACUGGCACGGCAUUGGGCGAUCCGAUUGAAGUCGGCUCUUUCCGAAAGGUCAUGAGUGCAACUCCGCGCAAAGAGCCGCUGGUGAUCACGUCGUCCAAGUCCAACAUCGCGCACGGCGAGGGCGGCGCGGGCUUGGCGGGCUUCUUCAAGUGCUGUCUGCAGGUUUCCAACUGUGAGGGCUCAGCAAACGUGCACCUCAAGGUACGAAAUCCCCACUUGGACAUGGAGGGUUUCCCGUGCCAAAUUCUUUCUGAAUCCGUCGCGAUGCGCGAGGAUGCAGCCUAUUCUGGCGUCUCCUCCUUCGGUUUUGGUGGCACAAACGCGCAUGCGGAGGCCUGGGGCAAGAACAUCAUGAACUCGCGCGGAUGCAUGGUCUCUGAUCCGGUCAAGCUCUUCGAGAGGAAAUUGGCGAAGGCGCCACCGGCCGAAAUCACCAUGAAUGGCGAUGACGUGAGAGACUGGGAGACCACAGGGCUUGAUCCAGCAGGGCAGAUCGGCGACAGGUACAUGAUUGAGCUCGACGAGGAUGGUGUUGCGACCUGGGAAAAGGUAGAUGAGGAACUUGUCGACUGGGGCGAUGACUUCUCCCUGCAGGGCACGUUCAACAACUGGGAAGCUGAAGCAAUGGACAGGUCGGACUCCAUAUUGGGCCUCUGGGUCGGUGAGAUCACAGUUGGCAGCACUGGGUCGGAGCAUUUUCAGAUCAUCGCAGACAACGACGACGAAAAAGUCUACUGUCCAGACCGCCCGAACUGCACCUCCAAGGUCUCACAAGUCCAGGGGCCCAAGACAGCUGCCAAGGAGAAGUCGUGGGUCAUCCGCGGAGCACCCGGGGACAAGUUUAAGAUCGAGUUCUUCCAGCAGGAGAAGCGACGGUCGGUUCUCUGGAUGAAGCUCUGA